AUGAAGAAGGGAGCGAAGAAAAAGGGAGUUUCGAAAGCAGGCCGCAAAGCUACUUCUACAUCGUCGGCGACUAAGAACGAUGGCGCGAUAGUAGAGACUCAGCCGAGUCAGGAGAUAGUAGAGACUCAGCCGAGUCAGGAGAUAGUAGAGACUCAGCCGAGUCAGGAGGUUGAGGAAGCGGCUAAGGUCGAAUCUCCGUCUGCGAAGGAAGCAGAGAACGAAGAAGAGGCGAAGGUGGAAUCUCCGACUGCGAAGGAAGCCGAGAGCAAAGACGAGGCGAAGGAAGAAGAACAAGCGAAACCUGAUUCCUCAUCGCAACAGGAGAAGGAUCAGAAUGUCGAGGCGAAAGGUGCAUCUUCUUCACAACCACAAGCUGACGAAAAGAAAGAGGAGAACGAGACGCCUCUUCGUCAUGGUAAACGUAAGAGAUCCACGACGAAUGAAACAGAGAAGAAAGUGAACACCAAAUCGGCUCCGCGAGCUAAGCGAGCCAGAGCGACCAAGCCGCAAGCAGCUGAGCCUGAGUACUUCAAGGAGAAGCGCAAUCUGGAGGAUUUGUGGAAAGAUGCAUUCCCAGUGGGUACCGAGUGGGGUCAACUGGAUGAUCUAUAUGAAUUCAACUGGGAUUUCACAAACCUUGAAGAAGCGCUGGAGGACGAUGGAAAGCUCUACGGGAAGAAGGUCUAUGUCUUUGGCUGCGCAGAGUCUCACCUAGUCACUUACAAAAACGAAACCAAGACUGUCCUUGUUCCUGCAGUCGUUUGUGUGGAAUCAUCCAUUCCUCCUUCUGAUAAGAUAGGAAUUUCAUCGGUUGAAGACAAGGAGCCGGAAAUAACUCCAAUGAAAGUCAUGAAAAUGGCUUGGGAACCUUACAUUCCGCUUGAUAAAAGGGACAGACAAGUUGAUAGAAUGAACUUUCAGAUUUAUAUCUUGGCUUGUACGCAGAGAAGGUCUGCUCUCAAACAUUUGAAGGAAGAUCGUGUUAAAAAGUUCAACUAUUGCCUUCCUUAUAUCAACAACCCGUUUAAGGAAGAUGAAUCUGAGCAGAGCACCGUGGUUCAAAUAACGUUCCCUUCUGAGCCACCAGUUGUAUGUGAAUAUGACUGGGAGAAUGAUAACCUUGAGGUACUCGCUGACGAUCUGAUCAAGGAGGGAUUGCUCAAGGGCCAGAAAGAUGAAUUCCAGGAGUUUGUCAAAGAGCAAGCUGACAAAGCUAAGAAAGCUCAUGGAGAGGCGGAAGAAGCCCGAGAGAAAGCAAAGGAAGAAAUGAGCGAAGCAACAAAAGAAGCCUAUAAAGAAAUGAAGUUGUACAAGUUUUAUCCAUCGCCUUCACCAAAUACACCCGACCUAUCAGCAAUCGACAAGUCCUCGUUUAUCAACAGGUACUUCGGCAAGGCUCACCAAGUCCUAUGA